ACACCACUAUUAUAAUAUGUUUUUCGACUCUAGAAGAUCAUUUUAAGACUUAAAAUAUGGGCCAAUUACCCAGUGUCUCUUUGGGCAAAGUCAUCCUUCUAGUUAUUUGCUGCCUUAAAAUAUCAUAUGCUCUGCAGUGUGUGGACCCUGUGAAGCCCUGUGUGAACAACGCUGCCUGUGUCACUUUCCACAAUGGAACAGGCUAUUGCAGGUGUGCUCCUGGUUUCUCAGGUGAGUACUGUCAGCACAAGGACCUGUGUUAUGUGGGAUAUUGUCUGAAUGGAGGAGAAUGCACUAUGAGUGUGGACUGUGUACCUGGGAGCCCCAGAUGUGUGUGUCCUCUGGGUUUCACAGGCCAGCGCUGCGAGAUGAAUUAUGUGCCCUGCUUUCCAUCCCCCUGCCUCAAUGGUGGAACCUGCCAGCAGAUGACAGACACAACUUACAUAUGCCACUGCCUGCCUGGUUUUAAUGGAACAAACUGUGAGGUGAACAUUGAUGAUUGUCUGAAUCACCGCUGUCAGAAUGGAGCCACAUGCAUGGAUGGAGUGAACACUUACAACUGCCAGUGCCCACCUGAAUGGACUGGUCAGUUUUGCACCGAUGACGUGGAUGAAUGCAGACUGCAGCCCAACGCCUGUCAGAACGGAGGCACGUGCAGUAACACACUCAAUGGCUACAACUGUGUAUGUGUGAACGGCUGGAGCGGCCCUGACUGCUCUGAAAACAUUGAUGACUGCGCAGAUGCGCCCUGUAUCACCGGCUCCACUUGCAUCGACCGCGUGGCUUCCUUCAUUUGCAGCUGCCCUCCCGGCAAGACUGGUUUGCUGUGUCACAUUGAUGAUGUCUGCACCAGUAACCCGUGCAAGAUGGGAGCUCAAUGUGACACGAACCCCGUCAAUGGCAAGUUCAACUGUAACUGCCCCUCAGGAUACAAGGGCAGAACGUGUGUCGAGGAUAUCGACGAGUGUGUCAUCGGGACAAACCCACGUGAGCACGGUGGCUCAUGUAAGAACACAGUGGGCUCUUUUACUUGUAGCUGUGCUCCGGGUUACACCGGUCCACGCUGUGAGACAUCAAUAAAUGUGAUUCCGACCCCUGCCAGAAUGAAACCAACCUGCCUGGACCAGAUAGGAGAUUUUACCUGCUCCUGUAUGCCAGUUUUGCAGUCUUGGUGUAAAGAUAAUGCUGCAGCCACUCCGCCAAGAGAUACUUAAAGGAUCUGAGGAUCCUCAAAUGAAAACCAUGUGUGUUUUGCUUCAAAAGAGCAACAACACAUUUGUAUUGUGUUUUACUUUCUUUCUUUUAUAUUCAUUAAUUCAUUCAUUUAAUCAUUUUAUUAUUCUAUUUAAUCAUAUAAUCCUUUAUAAUAAUCAUUAUAGCCAUUUAUAUACUCAUUGCAUUGAUUUAUUCAUUGAUUAGUCAUUUAUAUUAUAUCAUUAUAGUUUAUAUUAUUUUUGUUAUUUAGUCUUAUGAUGUGUGGUUUCAAGGGAUGUCUGUCUUCAAGAAUAAGAUAAGAGGAAAUGUAAGGUUUAUGGGACAAUAUUGUGAGGCAGUAAUUUUCUAUUGGUAUUGCUUGUGGUAUAAUAACGCUUAUUGGAUUUGUUCUGGUCAUUGAAACAUACUCAACUAAGACUAUUCAAUAAACUCUGCUC